CUCAGAUUCUGCGCAUCAAUUGGAUGUAUUCGAUGGAUUCCUUUAUUUAUUGUCGAUUGAUAUUCCUGUUAUUUUGCUCAGUUGUUUCACAGGCCUAUAGUUCGUUUUCUGAGGAUGGAUUAGUUGUACCUGUUUAUGAUAGCGGUGAUACUGCGAGUGCUGUGUAUUCAGUCUUACUGGCUUUACGCCUUAGAAGUAUUCUACCUUCGUCAGAUAGUGGUGAAUCGCGUGGUGAUGCUAUUGGUAUGUCACAGGAUCGUGAUGCAUCCUUGAAAUUACACAUACGCAACAGCUUAGAAGGAAUCCUGCAUUCAGCUGUUGGAUUUCAACGUGUCACUAAUAUUACUCGUAUAUCUACCAAACCAAAUACUCAGGAUUUACACGGAAGUUCUGAUUAUGUCUAUUAUCAAGUUGAAUUGACGUCAACUGGUCAUAGUUCAUUGCAAUCACCGCAAGAUCUUGUAGAGAAUCGCCUGCAUGAAGGAUUUUUGUCAGAGGUUGGAGCUGUUGAUCCGAGUAUAAGUUAUGUGAAACUUAUACAAUCUAAAAUUCCGGAUCCACCACCCUUAAGAUCACCGUCAUCCUAUGAAGCACUUAGUCAAAAUUCUGAAUAUUUGUCAGAUAAACAAACAUUUAUUCAUUCGACUAAAAGUGAAAUGCCUCAAACUGAAGAUCAGCCUCAGCCUACUGGACAUAAAAUGGUUGCAGUUAGAAGUCCAGAGAUACCUGAUGCUUCCUAUAUCAAUCCACAUGAACCUUCUAGUUUAAAAUCUUUGAAUAGUAAAUCAUCAGAAAAUGCAGCACAUCUAGUUGGAUCUUUUGAUCAUAAUAUUAUGAGAGGAAGUGGAUCAUCAUCUGGGCGUCAGACAUCCAUACAAAGUAGAUCACCACAUCAACCAUGGGCUACAGGUACAUCAACUUCUCAAAUUCUUAGUCAACCAGGUGUCAUAGCUGGUAUCGUUGGAGGUGUUGUUGUCGUCCUGCUGCUGUUAAUCCUCCUAAUUCUAUUCUGUAUUUAUCGUCUGCGUAAAAAAGAUGAAGGCUCAUAUGCGCUAGAUGAACCGAAAAAAUUGCCUACAGUCAACACGUAUACAAGAGCGCCAACACGUGAAUUUUAUGCUUAAAAACAAAACAGCAAAUGAAUGACAUAGUCGUUUAAUGGAUUACUUUUUGCUUGCUUGUUUGUUUGUAUAUUUACACUGGACUAACUAACUAACUACAUCACUAACUAAUCCCAUAAUAAUUGAUUGAUAUAUUUUGUGCAAGUCAGUCAAUGCGCAUGCACACACACGGUGGACGAACGUAGGCAUGCAUAUGCACACACGAAAACACGCAGAGAGAUUCUGGUAACUAGGUAUCUGAUUAACUGUUGUCGAUCUUCCUUCCUACUUCACUUUAUAAUUCCCUUUCCCCCCUAAUUUCUCCUCUUGGUAUGUGUUUUUUCUUUCGCAAUCCUUCCUGUUUUUUUUGUGGUGUUCUUAUUUUGAUUUCUUUUUCCUUUUUUAUGUAAUCACAAACCAAACCUGAAUAUCAAUGAUGAUUAUAAUUUAAGUAAAGUAGUAGUAUAAUUACUCGUCUUUUGUGCAAUCUUGUAUAGCUGUAUUGAUAUUAAUAGUGGACAGAGAUCAAAGUCUUUUUUUGUGUAAAUUACUGACUCCUUCCUACACACCUACAUACACCUACACAUGCAGAAACACACAAUAAGAUUGGUUUUCCCCUGUUUUCAAUUUCCCCGCUUUCCUUAUGUGCAAUAUUACCAUUAUUAUUAUUAUUACUACUCCAGUAGUAAUGUUUGUGUGUGUAUAAAACAUUUGUGGAUAUCCUUGAGAAGAGGAUGCAAAAGAGUAAAGCAUAAUGAA